AUGUCGGACGUCACCUGCGUUGUAAUCGCUGACAUGGAGUGUUCGGAGGACAUCUUCUUCAGCGUGUUGGAAGAAGACAUGCCAGGUCUUCUGAAGGGGAUCAUCGAGGAAAGUGUAAGCGAAGAAAAGGCUGUGGUGACUAUAGCAGACAAGCUGUUGGAAGAAACGGCGAUAUCGAUGGCAGAGGAGGCAGCUACCGACGCGAUGCAGGUGGAUGAUGUGACAAGGGAUAUCAUGGGAGAGCUUCUGGAGGAAGGCAUCAUGGCAAUGGCGACUGAAGAAGCAACAGGCGCGAUUCAGCUGGAUGCUGCGUCGUGGGAAGUUAUGGAAGCGUUCAUAGAAGAAGCACAAACACUGAUGAUAAAGGAAAUUGCUACAAGCGAUGUGCAGGUGGAUGCUGGUGCGUGGGAAGGUAUGGAACAGCUUAUUGAAGAAGGCAUUACGGAGAUUGCGACAGAAGUGGCGACAGGCACAGUGCAGACAGAUGGCGUGGCAUGGGAGGAGUUGGAGGACCUUUUGGGAGAAGUCACGAAGGCAAUGACUGAAGAAGUGGCGGGAAGCGCUGUGCAGCAGCAUGCCAUGGCCUGGGAUCUGAUGCAAGUGCUGUUGGGAGAGGUUACGGAAGUGAUGACAGAAGAAGUGGCGGCAAACGCAGUGCAGCUAGAUGCUGUGGCCUGGGAAGUGAUGCGAGGGCUCUUGGAAGAAGUUCCCGCGGCAUUGUUGGCGGCAGAAGAGUUCGGAGUGGCUCCACCGUUAGUGCAACAGAAUGCGUUGGCGUGGGAAGAGCUGGAAGAGGUUUUGGGAGAAGUCACGGAGGCGAUGUCUGAGGAGGUAUCCACUCGCGCAGUCCGUGUAGAUGAUGUGACGUGGGAGGUGAUGGGGGAGUUGAUAGAGGAGGCGAAGUGGAUGAUGACAGAAGAAGUGGCCACAGACGCGGUGCAGGUAGAUUCCAUAGCAUGGGAGGUGAUGAAAAAACUCCUGAGGGAAGUGACCAAUCUUAAGGCAACAGCAACGACAAUCGCUUUGGAAGAACAUGAAGAAUGGCACCUUGUCAUGGACGUGAUGGAGGGAAUCCUGGACGAUAUCUCCAUGGCAACGGCAAAGUCGGUUGCUCUGGAAGUGGAUGAGGAAGUCCGCCUGGGUCAAACCGUUCCGGAGGAAUACAACAAACAGUCUAGGCACCCGAUCUCAGCAGCCGCACGCGCGGUGCAGUACCUGGAGCUCCCGGCAGGCGUCAGGCUUGCCAUUCCUCCUGGAGCCACCAGGGUUGACACCUCCGUCAUCUCGGCAGUGCUGAACCCGCACGGCGCCGGCCAGACCGUCGCGCUCGGGGAGGAGGAGCUGCUGGUUAGCGACAUCCUGGAGCUGCGCCCGGCGGGGCUGAGCUUCUCCCGGCCCGUAACGCUGCGCAUCCCGCACGCCGUGCCCCGGUUCCACCUGGACAGGCAGUUCGUGGUGAAGACAUCGGAGGACGGAGGAAAGACAUGGAGGGCUCUGAACACGAGGAAUCAGCACAAGGGGGGACAGCACUUUGCUACAGUAGAGGUGUCGCAUUUCUCCGAGUUCGUGGUGACUGCGCGGCCGUUGGAGCGCUUCGAAAGCGUACAGAGAGGACUGUCGGCAGUGCUGAGGUCCUCCCCGCAGACUGACGUCCAGGUAGAACUUCCCAGGGACUGCGGCCCGCAACACGUGGGGUUUAAGGUCCUCCCGGUGGAUGCGGACACCCUGACGUGCGCAGCGAUGGCGCCGGACGGGAUCCGCGGGGUCGGGAGUAUGAGCCACAUCGUCCGGUUCUGUAAGAACCUGCUCCUCAGCAGCCCUGCCACCGUGGUGCUGCCGCUGGCUCCGGGGACGGGACACCUGGGAGGACGGGUCCGCGUCCUCAGCUGCAACGACAGCGGCCGGUGGGAAGACAUUACCGCCUCCCUGGACGACAUCGUCCUGCAGGGGUCAAGGGUGGCUUUCAGAACGGACCAGCUCAGAGCUGGCUUCGCGGCUGUUCGCUGCGACAUCCUGGAGGAUCCUACGGCAACUGUCACCAUGGUAACCAAGAACAUCCGGGCCAGGAUCGUCAGCAUCGUCAUCUUUAAGAAGUGGCGGGAGCCGCGCGAGGCGGGAGUGAUGACGGCCCGGAUAGAGUGCGUGAUCAGGGAGAGGGUGGAGGAUCACAUCUGUCACAUGGAACAAGAGGAAGGGUUCCAGCGUCAGGACGGCACGCCCACCCCGCCCAUCGUGCUGAUGGAAGGCGAGGACAUCUGCGUCACGUUUGAAGGCCGGAUCCGUCCGGAGGGCGGACCAACGGGCACCACGGAGUCAACUUCACCUUCUACUGCGAGCGGCCGCGCGUGCUGCAGUUCGACGUCAGGCUGGCGGGCGGGGGCAGGGGCGCCACCUCCCGAGUGCAGUGCAGGUGUACCCCGGUCGGCUGGAAGGUCUUCCCCGGAGGCCGACAACACCACGGCCGGCACCCCCGAGGCAGGUUCAACAGACUCCUGUGCAGAGGCAGCCGCAACCGGCUCCAGCCCCAGUUGUGCAUCAGGCGCCAUGGCCUCCAAAGACUCCAGUUGCAGUACAGUGGCCAACGUCCCUUGCGACAGCCGAGAUAACUCCUCCAGGUGA